AUGGGACACGAUCUACCACAACAACACCGCCAUCCGCAAGGCGGCAACAUCCCGUACCGCAACAAUGGCUGGGUGGACGCUCACUUCCGGAUCCACGGACCGGCCGCGAAAGAAGUGGCCAACAACUUCCUCCAGCGAUGGAACUCCGACUACAAGCCGUGCCAGGGGCUGGGAGACAAUCUCCUGGACUUUGACAACCCGGACUACGAGAAGCUGCCGCCCAUCGACUACGCGAGCAGCAACACCACGUCCAAGCUCGGCCACCAGAACAGAUCGUGCGGACGUUCAGCUGCAAGCACAGACACUACGAGGAGUUCGCACCACGAGGCGAGCAGUCUCUCUUCAAGGCCCGACUCAAAGCGCUUCGAAACGCCAAGAACUUCAUCUACAUCGAGGACCAGUACUUCAUCUAACGUGCCCGAACUGCUGGACGCUCUCAUGGAGGUCUUGCCCCGGAUCCAGCGCCUCAUCGUGCUCGUGCAGCCGCCCGACACGCUGCUCAAGGCCUCAGGCUACGAGAAGUACCUGUACGAGAUGAUCGGCCCCAUGAAGGAGAAAUACCCCAACAAGGUACAGAUUUACACCACCAAGCCAGAAUUGGACAUCUACAUCCACACCAAGCUCGUGCUCAUCGACGACGUGUACGUGUCGCUGGGCUCGGCCAACUGGAACCGCCGCAGCAUGACGUCCGACUCGGAGCUCAACGCCAACGUCAUCGACGACGAGACGGUCGAGUCGCCUGACGGCGUCACGGUGCUCAAGCUGGCGCGCGACAUGCGCAUCCGCAAGUUCGUCGAGAUGACGAGGCUCAGCUACAAGAAGCUCAACGCCAUGAAGUUCAUCGAUGCGGCGGACCAGUUCAAGAUUGCCGCCAAGGACGAGUCCACGAUCCUCACGGACUUCAGCGUCAAGCACCACGCGUACUACAUCACGUUCGUCGACGUAUUCCGGGAGCAGGUCGAUCCGCAGGAGGUUUGCACCUUCACGGAGGAAGGCUCCAAGAGAGAGAUUCAGUAG